CGUGGCUUUUGUUGGCGCCUUACUUCAUUAAGCCCUCUCACUACUCGCUAGCAGGACACUGGUAUCGGGCUCCUUUUUCUUUCCAUUUUAUAACUACCAAUAUCACAAACAAAAAAUGGCUCCUAAAAAAGCAGCUGUGGCGGUGGCGGCGACAGUAGCUGACUCUCUCUCCAACGAGGACCCACCUACAGAUGAAAAAGAUAGAAAGAAAACAGACGCUGCCACUGUGCGUAAGCUUUCCACGCACCCCUCUACAGCGAUUAUGGUCCGAGAAGCGAUCAAAGCACUCGACUCCAGAAAAGGCGUAUCUUCUCAGGCAAUUCAGAGGUACAUCAAACAGCAAUACCCCUCAGUGGAUCUGGUGCGACUGAAGGGCUUGGUCCGCAAAGCACUGAAGAAGGGCAUUGAGAGCGGCACUCUAGUGAGGCCCGCUAACGCCACUGAGACCACUGGCGCCACGGGAAGGUUCAGGCUUCCACCGAAAUCCAAAGCGCCAAAGGGAAAAUCUGAGAAUGUUGACCCAAACGUGCAGAAGGCCCUAAAAGCAGGGGAGGGUGAAGCCAAGAAAAAGCCCGCUGCCAAGAAGGAACCCAAAGAAAAAUUAUUGGAGGAACCCAAGCCAGCAAAAAAAUCCAAAAAGGAUGAGGAAGAUGUUUUGUCCUCCAAGGUCACUCCUGCAAAGAAGCCUAAAGCUGCCAAGAAAGUGGCAGCAGAGUCUGAAGAGGUAGAAGAGAGUGAGCCUGUGAAACCUAAAGGGAAAGCCAAAGUGGUAAAGGAGGAUAAAGAGAAGCUGAAGAAGGGAAAGGCUGCACAAAAGGGGAAGGCAGUACAGAGUAAGGCACAGCCUGUGAAAUCAGAUGAGGCCCCAACAAAAGCAACAGGAAAACGAGGGAAGAAGGCUUCAGAAUAGUUAAAUAUUUUUACUGCAAAUAAUUUUUUUCAGUUUACUCUUGACUUUAGAGGUUGUGUGUUCAAUAGGUCAACUACGUGGUUUAAAAAUGAAUGUGUUUUUACUGUUGUAAUGAAUUUAAUAAAUGUUUGCUGUGUUUA